CAACGUUUUAGAACCGAGAAACAGCUGUGGGAAAAAUCAAUUUUGCAACUCCCUGGCGUUUUUCUGAGAAAGUCUUUAAUCGCGAGAAAAGCCAGGAUAAAAUGACCAACGGAGACUGUUUUGUUGUUUUGCCCGAGAACUGCGUCGAGGGAACGCUGAUCAUUGGUCGCAAUGCAGAGGAUGAGAAAAACGUAAACGUUGCCUCAGAAGUGUGCUUCUAUGAUACCAGCGAAGUGCUUGAGGGGAAGACUAAUGGCGGAGCUUCUGUUGAGUCGAGCGGUGAAGUCGUGCGUGUCAUAUUACAGAAACCGCAGCCGGGUCUUUGGGGUGGAGACUUCGGGGCCAAUGAACGCGGAGUUGCUGUAGGACUCACCUGGUCGGAAGGUGAAAACGAGGCCAAGGACAGCGACAGCCUGCUUGGUACGGAUAUAGUGCGUCUAACAUUAGCUGUUGCCAAGGAUGUGGACGACGCUGUAGACCGCAUAGGAGCUUUGGUUGGCAGUCAUGGUCACGACAACUGCAAACUAAACUUUAUUGCAUGUGAUGCCAUCGCGGGAUGGCUUGUUAGUUGCUCGGGCAAGGUCUGGGCCGCCGAGAAGUUGGAGUCUAGCUUCCUGCGCCUACCUGCGGGCGGACUGGCUGUGACCACUGUGGUCAACAAGUCCAGCGAGGGACUGGAUGAGGCGUCCAGUUUUGCUGCUGCUCACGAUGCGGUGGCCAAGGCACCGGGUGAGGAUUGGUGUGGACCCAAGCCAGCUGGCGAUGGGUCAUAUACCCAGCACGAUAUGUUCGAGACGCUGCGGGCCGCCAGCAAUGCGAAUAGCUCGCGGGCGGCCACCGUCUCGGUACUGUCGGCCAAGGGAAUCUCAUGCCAUUGGUUCACAGGCACGCCAAAUGCUGCCGAGUCUGUGUUCAAGCCAUUCGUGUUUGCUCCCAAGCCGAGGAUCUCGCCACUUACUCAAGUGCAGCCAGAUGCGGAAUUGACGUUGCUGCACAAGCUUCACUCGCAACGGAAGCCGGUUGCUUUGGAGCAUUUGCGGAGCCUGGAGCGGUCCUGCGUGGACGAGCUAAAUAACUACUUCUCACUGCAGGAUCACGCUAGUGAUGAGCUGGAUGAACUGCUGAAGGACUGUGUCGAGGCGGAGGUUAAGUUCUAUCGCUAGACAAUCGAAUACUAUCUAUAUGGAUACUCCAGAAACUAGCUUGCAAGCUCUAUUGAGCCUCGGGAUUUGACUUGAGCAUUCUUAUGGCAUUACCAAAUAGGCUAUAGUCGGCAAAACAUUUUCUUGUGCAAUCUCUUUUGAUUUAAUUUCGUUUAGUUUUUAUGCUUUUGCGUGAUAUUUAAAUUAUUAUUUAUUCUCUCUUAGUGGGCAAUCUCUGACUUGAAUUUAAAGUAUUAUUAUGUGACAUUCCAGGCUUAGUUUAACGAUUUACAUACUUGCAUUAAUAUAUAACGAAUACAUACACAAAUAUACAUUAUAUGGCUCUCAAAAUAAACGCAUAAAAUCGGCAUUUAUAUAAAAAGUAA